AGCUGGGCUGCCUUACCGUCUAAGCCCCGGAAUGCCACUGGGUGGUCCUCUUUGAGGGCUUCUAGACACUCAGGCACUAGAGGGCAUCGCUCCCAGCAGGGCCGGACGGCAAGCUCUGGGCUACCGCCACGCUCUCAAUGGCACCCGGAAGGGGCCGGGGUGGCAACCACCGGUGGUCUGGCUGAGGCGCUGCGGAGGAGGGGGGAGCCUGUGCGUCAUCAGUCUGCGCCACAGGACUCUGGAGACUGCUUCGGAGGUGGGAAAGGAAGCGUAAGAGGUCGCUUUCUGAUGAGUUCGUUGGCUGCGGAAUUAGCACCAAAGCGUAGUCUGUAGCCAGCGGCCGAUUGCAUCCGCAUUCCCUGAUGGUUCGAUAGAUUUAUCUGCCACGCGUGCACAUUCUGUAAAACAGGAGACUGAAUUAGCUCUCAACAAUGGGACGAACCUACAUUGUAGAUGAGACUGUUGGCCAGUAUCUUUCAAAUAUCAAUCUCCAAGGAAAACCUUUUGUCUCUGGUCUUUUAAUAGGACAGUGUUCUUCACAAAAGGAUUAUGUGAUUCUUGCCACUAGAACACCACCCAAAGAGGAACAAAAUGAGAGCAUCAAAUAUCCUAAAACUAAGUUGGAUAAUUUGGAUGAAGAAUGGGCUACAGAACAUGCCCAUCAGGUAUCCAGAAUGCUACCAGGGGGACUUUUAGUUCUUGGAGUAUUUAUUAUCACAACUUUAGAACUGGCAAACGACUUUCAAAAUGCCGUGCGCAGACUAAUAUAUGCUGUGGAAAAGUCUAUGAAUAGAAAAAGACUGUGGAAUUUCACAGAGGAGGAAGUUUCAGAGCGAGUGAUACUUCACAUUUGCUCUUCUACAAAAAAAAUAUCUUGUCGAACUUACGAUGUCUGUGAUCCAAAGAGUUCAGCAAGACCAGCAGACUGGAAGUAUCAAAAUAGACUAUCUACCUCAUGGCUUUCUCUUGAGUGUACUGUUCAUAUUGAUAUUCACAUCCCACUUUCUGCGACUUCUGUCAGCUAUACUCUGGAGAAAAAUACAAAGAAUGGACUUACCCGCUGGGCCAAGCAAAUUGAAAAUGGUAUUUAUUUUAUUAAUGGACAAGUUAAGGAUGAAGAUUGUGACCUGUUAGAAGGACAGAAAAAAUCUAGAGGAAAUACUAAAGCAUCUAGCCAUUCUUUUGAUGUUCGAGUGCUAACACAGUUGUUCCUGAAUUCGGACCACAGAUCCACAGCCACAGUCCAGAUCUGCAGCGGUUCUAUAAACCUUAAGGGUGAUGUGAAAUGCAGAGCUUACAUUCAUAGCAACAAACCCAAAGUUAAAGAUGCUGUGCAGGCAGUGAAGAGAGAUAUAUUGAACACAGUUUCUGAUCGCUGUGAAAUACUAUUUGAGGAUCUACUUUUGAAUGAAAGUCCAGAAAAAAAAGAUUCUGAAAAAGAGUUCCACAUCCUCCCUCACCGUGUUUUUGUCCCCAUUCCUGGAUCUACUGUAAUGUUAUGUGAUUAUAAAUUUGGUGAUGAAUCAGCUGGAGAAAUCAGAGACCAUUUUAUAGAAAUGUUAGAUCAGAUAAUUCAAAUAGAACGUUUAGAAAUUGCAGAGGAAAUAAACACAGCUUUUAUGAGUUCCUCUAUGAAUAAUGAGGCUUCAUUGGACAACACAGAAGUUGAACAGCCAGAACAACCAGUUAAAACUACAGUAGUACUGAAAAUUCAGCAAAACAUAGGUAUGAUUGCAGCAUUUGCAGUUGCAGUCCUUGCUGCAGGUAUCUCCUUUCAUUACUUCAGUGAUUAGAGUGAGGCACAAAGAGUUUCCUGAUCAUCCAGUGAACAUUGAUCAACAACUGUGAAUAAUAAAGUUGUAAACAGUCUGCCUGCUUUUAAGACAGUAGCAGCCACAUCUGCUGCCAUGAGUAUUGCGUAUGUUUCUGACUAACACGAAAUCAACAGCUGCCUUGGUUAGCCCUGCUUGUAUUAUAGGUGGCCCAACUUUUCAAAAAUAAAGUUAUGCAUUUAGAUGAGA